GGGAGACAGAGCAGCAGAGGCUGGAGAGCCGCUCAUCCUCCCUCCACAGAGGUGAGACCGGGUGAGACCGGAGCAGGGUGACUUUACCAGGGACGCAGAGGAGGGUAUAAAACUCACUUUAUACACUUUCGAGUUUUUCAUUUACUUUCUUGAAACACGUUUUGGUUUGUCAGCGACUGGUUUUGCAGCAGGUCUUACAUUGGCUCACGCUCGACAGCAGAUCAUAUGUGAUUACGGUCACACGAGGACGGGGUGUGUUAAGGUUACGAGACUAGUGUGGAUUUGAACAUUUACUUCCAACUUGCUUUUUAACUUCUGCCUCCUACCUGUUAAUUGGACUUGAAUUUGGAAAGAAAGAAACUGAAGCAACAGUGAAAACCCUGACUCGAAUAUAACUGGACCUGCUGUCACCUCCUCCUUGGCCUGCUGGUGCUCCCUGGACCUCAGAGUGGGAACUGACCUCGGCCUCCGUUGUCUGCCGGUGUUCAGCAGCCGAGCUCCUCGUCAGUGAUGUAAUGGAGGGUAAUCCCGCUUUGACUUCGCCUCUCUGUCUGCUGAACUGCGCGUAGGCAGCGUUUUGGGCUCCCUGACCAAUGACGGGUGUAUCCCGUGCCAGAAGAUGUCUAAAAAGGAAGACAGAGACACAAAUGUUUCCCUAAGACUGUAGUUAAUCGUUUCUUUAACACCGGUGGACUUUUUGUCUCAAAUGCUCACGGACUCUUAGUUUGCCAACUCCCAUCCCAUUUUCUCUUCAAACAUGAAGAAUGUGACCUUCCCCGGUGGCGCGCCACCCGUCUGCAACGACUCUGUGGACUUGUACUCCCUCACAUCAGGGAACCGCACUGACCUGAACUGCACCCCUCCCUCCGAGUUUCACUUCUACGCUGACGGCGACGCUUCUACGCUUUACGUCAUUUUGCCAGUCAUCUACUCCGUGAUCUGCGCGGUGGGGCUGACGGGCAACACGGCUGUCAUCUACGUGAUCCUCAAAGCCCCGAAGAUGAAAACGGUCACCAAUAUGUUCAUCCUGAACCUGGCCAUCGCAGAUGAUUUGUUCACCUUGGUGUUGCCGAUCAACAUAGCAGAAUACUUGUUGCACUACUGGCCUUUCGGGGAGGUUUUGUGCAAAGUCAUCGUCAGCAUAGACCACUACAACAUCUUCUCCAGUAUCUAUUUCCUGACCGUCAUGAGCAUUGACCGUUACUUGGUUGUCCUGGCCACGGUGAGGUCCAAGCGCAUGCCUUACCGCACCUACCGAGCAGCCAAAAUCAUCUCGUUGUGCGUCUGGAUCCUCGUUAUCUUCAUCGUUAUGCCCUUCACCGUUUUCGCCAGCGUCUACCUCGGCCAGAACGACGGGAGAAAGAGCUGCGUGCUCAGCUUCCCAAGCCACGAAAGUUUGUGGAUCAACGCGAGCCGGAUCUACACGCUCAUCCUGGGCUUUGCCAUCCCGGUCUCAACCAUCUGUAUCUUAUACACCAUGAUGCUCUACAGGCUGAGGAACAUGCGGCUCAACAGCAACGCCAAGGCGCUCGACAAGGCCAAGAAGAAAGUCACCAUCAUGGUGUUCAUCGUCUUGGCCGUCUGCUUGUUCUGCUGGACCCCAUUCCACCUCAGCACCAUUGUGGCUCUGACGACGAACCUGACGAACACGCCUCUGCUGACCGGGAUCUCCUACUUCAUAACCAGCCUGAGCUACGCCAACUCCUGCCUCAACCCGUUCCUCUACGCCUUCCUGGACGACAGCUUCAGGAAAGCCUUCAAGAAGAUGUUGGAAUGUAGACCGGCCUGAAACCUGCCGCAGAGGUCUACAGGGACUUAGUGAGUGAGCGCGGACUGCGAUCAGAAAGAUCGACUUAACUUUAUAUUCAAAUCUCAUUUCUCAAUACGGGUGAUGCAGAUUUGAUUGUUUGGUUUGUCAAAGCUGCACCAGGCAACACAGGUACACUGUUUGGCCACGAUAGCAACAGGUAGCUAAAAUAAAUUCAUCUUUGACACAUAAAAACAUGUAAAAUUAUGCCUGUAAACUUCGCACAACACUCCUACUG